AUGGCCAAUGACUCUGCCAAGAAGACUCUGAGAAAGAAUAGCAGGAUCCUCACGACUGUGCGUGUAGCACUACUAGGGUCUCUUGCUGUGUACUUGCUUCUUGUGUACAUCUAUAGGGAAAACGCCACAGCAACCUCAGUUAGCGUAUCAAUGGUCCACUAUAGUCUUGCGAUAGUCAUCUAUCAGAUGUUUCGGCAUCUGUCACGAGAAAAAUACGAUUCUACGGGGCGUCUGAUCGAUGGCGGCUCGGAGCUUUCUGGAACAAUAAUCAAUGUUGCAUUUGACAUACUCUACGUUGUUUUACUGGUCUUCACGUUAUCACCCAUCACAGUCAAGAUCUACUGGGCCGACUUGCUUAUCCCGGUGUCUAUCUCAUAUGGAUUCUGGUCAGUUGUCAUAAAGCCCAUGAUGCAUUUGACAGACAUGCAAGAGGCAACCACUCGAGCUACUGGCUCUCAAUCAAGCUAUAAAGAAAGGAAAAAGUACAAGUAUUAA